AUGGGGUGUUCCGGAUCGAAGGAGCUUAGCCCUGACGAGCGGCAAGCUAUCAAGCAAAAUGCGACUAUUGACAAAAUGAUACGCAUGGACAAGAAGACGCACGACCGCACUGUCAAAAUCCUUUUGCUUGGUGCUGGCGAGUCUGGAAAAUCUACGAUUAUAAAACAGAUGCGCAUCAUCCACGCUGGUGGCUUCCCAGAAGACGAGCGUCGCCAAACACGCGCCGUUAUUUAUUCUAACAUCAUCGUGGCCUUCAAGAUCUUAAUAAAUAUUAUGGAGGCUGAAGGAAUCGGUUUUGAGAAACCUGCUACACAGGAUUUUGCCAAUUUUAUAGAGGGGACUGAGGCAGACGUGGAAUCCGAUGAGGCGUUUACAGAUUUAAAAGUUCGAGAAGCGAUGAAGGGAAUGUGGGAUGAUUCAGGAGUUCAGAAAGCAGUCGCAAAAGGCCACGAGUUUGCUCUUCACGAUAACCUCGACUACCACUUUGCUGACAAGACAUCCUCUCAAAGCUACUUCAAUUCUUUGGACCGCAUAUUCACCCCUGGUUGGCUUCCGAACAACCAAGAUAUGCUGCAUUCGCGAUUGCGAACAACCGGAAUCACAGAGACUCUCUUUGAGUUAGGGCAAAUCAACUUUCGUAUGAUGGAUGUCGGUGGGCAGCGCUCAGAACGCAAGAAAUGGAUCCAUUGCUUUGAAGGAGUCCAGUGUCUGCUUUUCAUGGUGGCCCUUUCUGGUUAUGACCAAUGCCUUGUUGAAGAUCAAACUGCGAAUCAAAUGCACGAAGCAAUGAUGCUAUUCGAAUCUCUGGUCAACGGCGACUGGUUCAAGAGAAAACCCGUCAUUCUAUUCCUCAACAAAAUUGACCUCUUUAAACAAAAGCUUCCAUACUCCCCUGUGUCAAAACAUUUUCCAGAAUUCAAAGGGCCAGAUGGCGAUUACGAAGCAGCCGAGAAAUUCUUUUCAGUGAGGUUUAGAGGCAUGACCCGUAUGCCUGAGCGCGAAAUUUAUAUUCACCCCACAACCGCCACCGACACGACUCUUCUGAAAGCGACCAUGAACUCAGUGCAGGAUAUGAUCAUCCAGAAGAAUUUGAACAGCCUUGUUUUGUAA